ACAGAUAAAAUAACUACUCGCCUCCAGUGAUGAGGAGGAGGAGGUGAAGCCGGCCAAGGUUGAGAAAUCCUACGUCCCCAAGAUCACAGGCAGCGUGAAGGGGAAAUUUGCCGAGAUGGAGAAGCAGAGACAUGAGGAGGAGAGGAAAAGGAUGGAGGAGGAGAGGAAGAAGCGCGCCGCCCAGGACAUCAAGGAGAAAGCGAAAAUGCAGAAAGAGCUGGUCAAGAAAGCUGCAGAGGAGGGAGAUGACGCUAUACUGGUCCGCAUGGUGCCGGCGAUGCCGUCGCGACCUCCAGGCAGGAUCAAGAUGAACUUUGAGGACCUAGAGAAGAACCGCGAGGAAGAGCAGAAGAAGAGGACAGAGGAGGAGAAGAAGAAGAGCUACAAUGAGAACAGGCGCUCCUUCCGCGAGGCCAAGCAGCGCUCGGUCGUCCAGGGUGAGGACGAGGAACAGCCCACAGAGAAGGAGCAGGUGACUCCUGGGAAGCUAAAGAUUACAUUUGAGGAGGCUGAGAAGGAGAGGCAGGAACGCCUGAGGAAACAGGCAGAGAGGGAGGCUAAACAACAUCUGCAGGAUGAGAAGAAAACGUUUGAGGAGGCCAAGCUGGAAAUGGGAGAAGAUGAGGAGGACUCACAAGGAGCUCAAGGUGAGAGAGAGGUCAUCCUGCCUGGUAAACUGAGGCUGAGCUUCGAGGAGCUUGAGAAACAGAGGGUAGAGAAUGAACGCAAGGCAGCAGAGGCUGAAUACAAGAGACGAAUGGAAGAGGAGAGGAGGGCUUUCGCCAAGGCCAGGAGAGGCAUGAUAGUGGAUGAUGAUGACGACGACGAGGUGUUGAUGGCCAUGCUGAACCUGGAGCCAGGGAAGUUGUGUGUCAGCUUCGAGGACAAGGAGCGUCAGAGGAGAGAGGCAGAGGAGAAGAAAGCGGAGGAGGAGGCCAAGAGGAGGCUGGAGGAGGAGAAGAGGAUCUUCGCAGAGGCCCGCAAGAAUAUGGUGCUAGACGAGGACGAGGACGGAAAGGUCAAGAGCGAGUCCCAGGAAGCAUUGCAACCUGGAAAACUGGAGAUGAACUUCGAGGAGCUGCUAAAGCAGAAGGAGGAAGCCGAUAAGAGGUGCAAGGUGGAGGCGCGCAAAAAGAAAAUGGAGCAGGAAAAACAGGAGUUUGAACUGCUCAGACAAGAGAUGGGAGAGGAUGAGGUGAAUGAGAGCUCUGAUACCGUGAGUAAGGAGUAUGAGGAGCUGAAGAAACUCAAGAGGACCGGUUCCAUCCAGGCCAAGAACCUCAAGUCCAAGUUUGAGAAAAUCAAGCAGUUGAACGACGAGGAGGUCCAGAAAAAGAUUGAGGACGUUAGAGCAAAGAGAAAGGCCACAGACGAGGAAAUCAAACAGAGGGAAGAAGAGAGGAUCCAGGAGGAGGAUGAUGAAGGUAAAAAGGAAACAGAGAAGGAGGCUGAGGAGGUUCCGUUCAGACAGAAGGUGGACAUGCGUGCACGGUUCGAACAAAUGGCCAGAGCCAGAGAGGAGGAGGAGAGGAAAAGGGUGGGGGAACAGAAGCUUCAGAGGAUGCAAUUCGAGCAGCAAGAGAUUGACGCCGCUCUCCAAAAAGUAAAUCCCUCUUUCAUCGGGUUCAAUCAUCGGGUUUCUCGUUGUUAAACUGUGGACGACGUCCCUGACUCGCAUGACAUUCUAAAAACGAAUGACAGUUCAGUGGGGGGAGGGUUUCCAAAAAUAAAACAUGUGUCAUAUCUUUGGCAGAAAAGGGAAAAUGAGGAGGAGAAAGAGGGAAGCAUCAUCAAUGGCUCGGCAGCCUAUGAGGAUGAGGAGGACCACGCCAGGUCGUAGGCUCCGUGGUUUAAGAAGCCCCUGAAGAACCAAUCGGUGGUGGACGCCGAGCCGGUGCGGUUCACAGUGAAGAUCACCGGGGAGCCCAAGCCGGAGGUGACCUGGUGGUUUGAGGGGGAGAUGCUCCAGGACUGUGAAGACUAUCAGUACAUAGAGAGAGGAGAGACAUUCUGCCUCUACCUGCCAGAGACUUUCCCAGAGGACGAGGGAGAGUACAUGUGCAAAGCUGUCAACAGCAGAGGCACAGCCGCCAGCACCUGCAUCCUAACGAUAGAAAGUAAGCAAUCGUCCGUCUGACUGUCACUGCAUGCCUGCACGAUACCACUACCUGAUUUGGUUUUCUGAUCUUCAUAUGAUUGGAUGGGAUCGCAUGCUCCUCGUCCUGAUCUUCCUAUGAUUGGAUGGGAUCGCAUGUUCCUCUUCCGGAUCUUUCUAUGAUUGGAUGGAUCGCAUGCUCCUCUUCCUGAUCUUUCUAUGAUUGGAUGGGAUCGCAUGUUCCUCUUCCUGUUCUUUCUAUGAUUGGAUGGGAUCGUAUGUUCCUCUUCCUCAUCAGCUUGGUUCAGUUUCAGCCGUGGGUAAUCCCAUCUUCUGUUUCUCUCUUCCAGCUGACGACUACUGAUGCUCUACUUUUUCUGGAACUUUCCCCGACUCUCUCACUCCUUUUGUAAAACAUCAUCCCUCAUGGUAGGGCCAAAAAGAGGAGGGGACAGCAUUAUGCUCGCCAUUCCUUCUAGGGAUACACACAACAUGAAAAGUGCAAGAUCAUGUUGUUUACGUAUUGCUCAUCAUUCAUCAAAUAAAGAUGCACUCCCUUUCAGUGUUACGUAUAGGAUGAAAUCUGUGCCAAAUCACAUAUUGAUCCCCUGUGUGAUUGCUGUCACGAAUGAUGUUCAGAUAGAUUUUGUGAUCAUAACAUCGUAUAUCAGGGCUAUUCAAUUCCGGUCCUGGAAGAAACAAUAACUGAAAUGUUUGAAUAACACUUUCAUAGAUCAUAACAUCUGUGCAUCAGGGAAAAUGUCCCUUCAAAGGUAACAUUUCAGAAAGUUCCAUUUGAGAAUAUGCUGCAACCCAAUUUAAAGCCUUUUGAAAUCCCUGUAAAAUAGACACAGCAAUAUGCAUUACACACUUAAUCUACAGAAUUGGUUAGUAAUUGUUUCUAUUCAUUUUUUAUAUUUGAAUAAUUAUCUAAAAGUUUUGUUUGUAAUGUACACUUAGAUUUUUCAUAUCCCAAAAUAAUUUUUCACAUUGAGUUAAAGUACAACUCUACAGGAAAUGUAUGAUAUAGUUGUCUUGGACACUGUUGUAUGGCUUGAAAUAUAAUGACAUAUUUGUGAUAUGUUUAUUUAAAGUUGUAAUAAAAUGUGCUAAA